AUGGAGCACCUGCAGCUGGAUCUGGCGGCCGCCCCGCUGCGAAUCCUCGCCGCCAGGAACGAAAAGAGCCGGAGCGAGCUCGGCAGGUUCCUGACGAAGCAGACAUGGACUCAGCAAGAUCGUCAAUGUAUUCUUAGUACUUUAUCACAGCUGCUUCUGGAUAAAGAAUGUACUGUCCUGAUUGGUCGUCAUCUUCGACCUAUUCUCUUGGAUUUGCUGGAAAGAAAUAGGGAAGCCAUCCAAGCUGGAGGUCAGAUCAACCAUGAUCUACAUGAAAGGCUGUGUGUGGCCAUGAGCAAGCUUAUCAGUAGCCAUCCUGAUGUCCUUCCGUUUGCCCUGAGAUAUUUUAAAGACACCUUCCCCAUCUUUCAAAGACUCUUCCUGGAAAGUUCAGAUGCCAAUCCUGUUCGCUUUGGCCGUCGGCGGAUGAAAUUGCGGGACCUGAUGGAAGCAGCCUUCAAGUUUUUACAGCAAAAUCAAUCUACAUUUCGGGAGCUUUGGGACUGGAGUGUGUGUGUUCCACUCCUUAGGAGUCAUGACACUUUAGUUCGCUGGUACACUGCAAAUUGUCUUGCUUUGAUUACUUCAAUGAAUGAAGAGCACAAAUUAUCCUUCCUUAAGAAGAGCUUCAGCAGUGAAGAGUUGAUACAUUAUAGGCUUAAGCUGUUAGAAGAAGCACAACUGCAAGAUGUGGAGAAAGCCUUGGUUUUGGUCACUCCAGACACCGCCCUUUGGCAUAGGGAGAAAGAACCACAGCAUACACAGGGCCACAUCAUUUCUGGGGAUCUUUCAGCCCAUGUGACAGCAGUCUGUGGAGUAGUUCUCCCACGGCAGUACCCAGCACCCGCAGAGCAUGAGGUGGCACCGCAGUCUUUCGUGCUGGUCGAGUCUGUCUCUAAAAAUCUCCAGAGCCUGGCUUUGGCUGUCGCUUCUCAGAAUGCUGUGUUGCUAGAAGGACCAAUAGGAUGUGGCAAAACAUCCUUAGUGGAGCAUUUAGCUGCCAUGACUGGAAGAAGAAAACCACCUCAGAUUCUUAAAAUCCAGCUUGGAGAUCAAACUGACAGCAAGAUGCUGUUGGGAAUGUAUCGCUGCACAGAUGUUCCAGGGGAGUUUAUUUGGCAGCCAGGGACUUUGACACAAGCUGUCACCAAGGGUCACUGGAUACUCCUGGAGGACAUUGACUAUGCUCCUUUAGAUGUGAUUUCUGUGCUAAUUCCUCUUUUGGAAAAUCAAGAACUUCUCAUUCCUGGUCGUGGAGAUUGUCUGAAAGUGGCUCCUGGAUUUCAGUUUUUUGCAACCAGGAGGUUGUUUGGCUGUGCAGGAAAUUGGUACCGACCCCACAAUAGUCAUGCUAUUUUGCUAGACAAAUAUUGGACCAGAAUUCACCUGGAGAACAUGGAUAAGACAGAACUGAAAGAGAUUUUUCAGAGCAGAUAUCCCAGCCUCUCAGGUGCAACUGAUCAUCUUUUAGAUAUAUAUUUAAAACUUACUGGAGAUAAACAUCAGUCCAGGAGCAACAGCUGCCAUGGAAACGAGGAAGUAUCUAUGGAUGUCUCAGAAGCCAGAGGAGAUGACAAAAGGCCAAGCCUUGAAGGAAGAGAAUUGUCUCUACGGGAUUUACUGAAUUGGUGUAACAGGAUUUCCUACAGCUUUGACAGUUCUUCUUCAUCUACAUCACUCAAUAUUUUUCAGGAGGCUCUGGAUUGCUUCACAGCAAUGCUGUCUAAGCAAACAAGCAGAUUGAAGAUGGCAGAGGUUAUUGGGAGCAAGUUAAAUAUCUCCAAGAAGAAGGCUGAGUACUUCUGUCAACUUUACAAGCCAGAGAUCGUGGUAAAUGAAUUAGAAGUGGAGGUGGGCCGAGCACGGCUACUGCGGAUACAGAGUCCGGCUGUCCAGGUCCAGAGGGAGAAGCUAACUUUUGCUGCUACUCGUCCAGCUUCUAUACUGAUGGAACAGCUUGCAGUGUGUGUCAGCAAAGGGGAGCCAGUCUUGCUGGUAGGUGAGACAGGCACUGGCAAGACCUCUGCUGUCCAGUAUUUGGCUCACAUCACAGGUCAUCGUUUGAGGGUUGUCAACAUGAACCAACAGAGUGACACAGCAGAUCUGCUUGGCGGUUAUAAACCAGUGGACCAUAAACUUAUAUGGCUGCCCUUACGAGAGGGCUUUGAGGAGCUCUUUGCCCAGACAUUUUCCAGGAAGCAGAAUCUUACAUUUUUGGGGCAUAUUCAGACCUGCUAUAGACAGAAACGCUGGCAAGACUUGCUCAAACUAAUGCAACAUGUGCAUAAGUCAGCCCUCAACAAGGAAACAAAAACCAAUGAUGCAGGGUUACUGUUAAGAGAAAAGUGGGAAGCAUUUGGUCUGAAACUCAACCAUGCCCACCAACAAAUGAAAAUGACUGAAAAUGCCUUACUGUUUGCGUUUGUAGAGGGUACUCUGGCACAGGCAGUAAAGAAAGGAGAAUGGAUUUUACUGGAUGAGAUUAACCUGGCUGCCCCAGAAACAUUAGAAUGCCUGAGUGGUUUACUGGAAGGAUGCUCUGGCUCACUGGUUUUGAUGGAUCGAGGAGACACAGAACCACUCACACGACACCCUGACUUCCGUCUGUUUGCCUGCAUGAAUCCAGCUACUGAUGUGGGGAAAAAAAACCUGCCUCAGGGAAUAAGAAACAGAUUAACUGAACUAUAUGUGGAAGAAUUGGAGAGUAAAGAAGAUUUACAAAUUCUUAUUGUGGAUUAUCUGAAAAGAUUGAAUGUAAACAAAAACAUAGUUCACGGAAUUAUCAACUUCUACAUAGCUGUGCGAAAGGAGUCUAAGAACAAAUUGGUGGAUGGGACAGGCCACAGACCUCAUUACAGCCUUCGAACCCUCUGCAGAGCACUGAGAUUUGCAGCUUCCAAUCCUUGUCACAACAUCCAGCGCUCCCUGUAUGAGGGCUUUUGCUUGGGUUUCCUUACACAACUUGACAGAGCAUCACACCCUUUAGUUCAGAAACUCAUUUGUCAACAUGUUAUAUCCAGCAAUGUCAAAAGUCUCCUUAAACAGCCCAUUCCAGAGCCUAAGGGAGGUCGGCUUAUCCAGAUCGAAGGAUACUGGAUUUCGGUGGGAGAUAAGGAGCCCACAAUAGAUGAAACAUAUAUACUCACUCCUUCUGUUAAACUUAACCUGAGAGAUAUUGUCAGAGUCGUCUCUGCAGGAACCUACCCAGUGCUGAUUCAGGGAGAGACAUCUGUUGGUAAGACUAGCCUAAUUCACUGGCUGGCUGCAGCAAGUGGGAAUCACUGUGUGCGGAUUAACAACCAUGAACAUACUGAUAUUCAGGAGUAUAUUGGUUGCUACACAUCAGAUGCCUCAGGGAAGCUGGUAUUUAAAGAAGGUGUCCUUAUUGAUGCUAUGAAAAAAGGCUACUGGAUUAUUUUAGAUGAAUUGAAUUUGGCCCCCACAGAUGUGCUGGAGGCAUUGAACAGGCUUCUGGAUGACAACCGGGAAUUGCUCAUAACAGAGACCCAAGAGGUUGUGAAAGCACAUCCUCGCUUCAUGCUUUUUGCAACCCAGAAUCCUCCUGGCCUCUAUGGGGGCCGAAAGGUGCUCUCCCGAGCCUUCCGAAAUCGUUUUGUGGAGUUGCAUUUUGAUGAGUUGCCUAGCACUGAGCUGGAAACAAUAUUGCAUAAACGCUGCAGUUUGCCACCUUCUUAUUGCAAUAAGUUGGUUAAAGUCAUGCAGGAUCUACAGUCCUAUCGUAGAGGAUCUUCCCUUUUUGCUGGAAAGCAAGGCUUCAUCACUCUUCGGGAUCUUUUCCGAUGGGCUGAACGGUACAAAUCAGUUGAACAGACAGAGAAGGAGUAUGACUGGCUUCAGCAUUUAGCAAAUGAUGGUUUUAUGCUUUUGGCUGGCCGAGUUAGGAAGCAAGAGGAAGUGGAUGUUAUACGGGAAGUGUUGGACAAACAUUUCAAAAAGAAGUGUUGUCCACAGUCCCUUUUCUCAGAAGAAAGUGUCCAAAAAUUGCUGGGCAAAUUUUCUGUUCAGUUAUCCACCUUGAAGUCCAAAUUCAGUCACAUUGUGUGGACUGAAGAUAUGAGGAGAUUGGCUGUUCUGGCCGGAAGGGCAUUAGAGUUUGGAGAACCCGUCCUACUGGUGGGAGAUACUGGGUGUGGGAAAACGACUAUCUGCCAAAUUUUUGCUGCAUUAGCAAAACAGAAAUUGUAUUCAGUCAACUGCCACUUGCACAUGGAGACAUCUGAUUUCCUGGGAGGUCUCCGACCAGUCAGACAGAGGUCAAAGGAGGAGAAUUUUGAUCACUCCAGACUCUUUGAAUGGCAUGAUGGGCCCUUAGUGUUGGCAAUGAAGGAGGAUGGCUUUUUUCUUUUAGACGAAAUUUCACUAGCUGAUGAUUCAGUCUUGGAAAGACUCAACAGUGUCCUUGAAGUGGAAAAGACCCUGGUAUUGGCUGAAAAGGGUAGCCCAGAGGAAGACAGUAGUGAAGUGGAACUGCUAACUGCUGGGAAGAAAUUCCGUAUCUUAGCCACCAUGAACCCUGGGGGUGAUUUUGGAAAAAAGGAGCUAUCUCCUGCUUUGCGUAACAGAUUUACUGAGAUAUGGUGCCCUCAAAGCAAGAGCCGCAAAGAUUUAAUUCAGAUUGUCAAGCGCAGUGUUCAUCCAGGAUUAACUUUGGGGAAAGUAGACCAUCAAGGAACAGACAUAGCUGAGCUUAUGAUGGACUUCAUAGAUUGGCUCACCAAUCAGGAGUUUGGCCAAAGAUGUGUCAUCAGCAUCAGAGAUAUCCUGUCCUGGGUCAAUUUCAUGAAUAUUAUGAGGGCAGAAAAUGCCUUGAAGGAGGGAGAAGAGGCCGUUUCUGCUGUAACAUCUUUUGUCCAUGCUGCAUGCCUGGUGUAUGUGGAUGGAAUAGGUUCAGGUACAACUUCCUGUGGGUUUGAUAUUGCACCCCUGGCUCGCAAAGAAUGUCUGCAAUUCCUGACCAAGAAACUUUCUACGGUGGUCCAACUUACGGACUCUAUGAAGAAUAAACUAAGGAUUUAUGACAAAACCAAAGAUAAGGAAUUUAUUUGCAUGGACAACUUUUGUGGUAUCCGCCCCUUUUUCAUACCAAGGGGACCUGUUUUGCAAAGGCGGGAUGUUUCAGACUACGCCCUCAGUGCAGGCACUACAGCUAUGAAUGCCCAAAGGGUAUUAAGGGCCACAAAAUUGAACAAACCCAUUCUCUUGGAGGGCUCCCCAGGGGUGGGCAAGACCAGUUUAGUGUUAGCAUUAGCAAAAGCUUCAGGUAACCACCUUGUGCGAAUCAACCUGUCUGAACAAACGGAUAUUACAGACCUGUUUGGAGCAAAUUUACCUGUUGAAGGGGGAAAAGGAGGAGAAUUUUCAUGGCGUGAUGGCCCCUUACUGGCAGCACUGAAGGCAGGCCAUUGGAUUGUGUUAGAUGAGUUGAACCUGGCUUCUCAGUCUGUGUUAGAAGGAUUAAAUGCUUGUUUUGAUCAUCGAGCAGAAAUCUACAUUCCUGAAAUAGGCAUGAACUUUAAAGUUCAGCACAAGAAGACGAAGAUCUUUGGCUGUCAGAAUCCUUAUCGACAAGGAGGGGGAAGAAAGGGUUUGCCUCGGUCCUUCCUUAAUAGAUUCACUCAGGUCUAUGUGGACCCACUUUCAGCUUCUGACAUGGAGUUCAUUGCUAAUACCUUAUUUCCUGCUAUUGAAAAAAGCAUUGUUGGAAAAAUGGUUGCUUUUAACAACAAAAUUGAUCAAGAAGUGACUUUUGAGAAGAAAUGGGGUCAGAAAGGGGGACCCUGGGAAUUUAACCUACGAGACCUCUUCCGCUGGUGUCAGCUGAUCCUCGUUGACCAGUCUCCAGGAUGUUAUGAUCCUGGCCAGCAUGUGUAUUUAGUUUAUGGGGAAAGAAUGAGAUCCAGAGAAGACAAAGAGAAGGUCAUUUCUGUAUUCAAGGAGCUUUUUGGCCCCAGUACUGCCCCAUACAUGGGUACAAGACAGUUCCACAUCACUCCUUACGAAGUUCAGGUUGGCUAUUCAGUUCUUUCCCGUGGCAACUAUGUUCCUCAGCAAUCCCAGAGACCUUUGUCUCUGUUACACCAGUCCUUGAAAGUCCUUGAGCCCGUCAUGAAGUGUGUACAAAUGAACUGGAUGGUUAUCCUUGUGGGUCCCACCGCUGUUGGGAAGACCAGUUUGGUCCAGCUCUUGGCCCACCUGACAGGACAUACAUUAAAAAUUAUGGCCAUGAAUAGUGCAAUGGAUACUACUGAACUCUUGGGUGGAUUUGAGCAGGUUGAUAUCAUACGGCCAUGGCGGCAGCUGCUUAAAAAGGUGGAGUCUACUGUGAGUGUUCUUCUCAGAGACAGCCUUCUUCUCAAUCCUGAGGAUGCAGAGGUAGUACUUCGUGCCUGGAGCAAUUUUUUCCUCACCUAUAAGCCCAAGUCUCUUGGAGAAGUUGGGAAGAGUAUCACUGUUGAGAUUUUGAACAAGCUCGAAGCAGUAUUGCUGCUUGUCCAGCGCCUGAAUAAUAAAAUCAACUCCUUCUCCAAGGCAGAGUUUUCUAGAUUUGUGGAAGAGUUCCGAAGUUUUAGGUUGAAGCUUAUUCAGAAUGUGGAUGGUCGUAGUCAUGGCACAUUUGAGUGGGUGGACAGCAUGUUAGUUCAAGCCUUACAAUCUGGAGACUGGCUUCUGAUGGACAAUGUUAACUUCUGCAACCCUUCAGUGCUGGAUCGCUUGAAUGCUCUGCUUGAACCUGGGGGUGUUCUCAGUGUUAGUGAGAGAGGAGUGAUCGAUGGAUCUACUCCCACUAUUGCGCCACAUCCCAACUUCAGGCUUUUCCUUUCGAUGGAUCCUAUCCAUGGAGAAAUAUCUAGAGCCAUGAGGAACCGAGGAAUUGAGAUUUACAUUGCGGGGGAAAGGGAUGAGAGUAGUCCAGAUCCCCUGGAUUUGAAAUUGCUUUUGCAUAGCAUAGGUUUGGUUGGAGACAAUUUAUGUGAUGCCCUUAUAACCAUGCACACAGAAACCAGAGAAGUCAUUGCAGGUUCUCCAACAUCGUCUUUAUCUAUCUUUUUUCACACGGCCACUCUCAUUACCCAGCGCCUGCUGCGGGGCUUGAGUGUAGCCAGAGCCUUUUAUGGAGCAUGCUGGGAAGUGUAUGUUUGUCCCCAACAGUCACCAGCAAACCGACAGCUUGUGCAGGAGAUAUUGGUGAGAUGUGUUUCUUCUCUGAAGUCACCAGAAAAGUGGGGUAGCUCACUUCUUGCCAUGGGUGUGUGGCCAGACUCUCUGCCCUCAGCUCUGUUUGCUACUGAAGAUUCCCACCUUUCUACAGUCCGAAGUGAUGGACAGAUCCUGGUGUACUGCCUCAAUAGGCUAAGCCUGAAAACCAGCAAGUGGGAAAGGAUACUUCCUCUUACUUUGAAAGACUUGGAGAAAAUUAUUCAGUCCUCUAACUCUGAGAGUCUGAACUUCAGUGCAAUUAAGAUGGAUACUUCUUGGUUAGAUGAAAGGAAUGUCUUGGCUGCUUCCAUUAAAUUGCUUGUCGAAAGAGCAACCAAUCAGGACUGGUUUCUUCGAGUUAGGUGGCUUUACCAUCUGGCUAAGAAUAUCCCACAAGGCCUUGAGUGUGUAAAGACUUACCUAGAAUCUGGUGCUACAUCCCUGACAAACUUUUACUCUAAUCCACUCUCUGCUGAGAUCAAUAAUGUUAUCAAGAUAAUGCAACCAAAUGUGACAGAUGAAUCUGUGAUUUCAUUGGACCCCCGAUGGAACAUGCAGGCUUUGGAUAUUACAAGAAACUCAAUGGACUUUGAUACAGAAUCCAAUAAGACUGAGAAGAUCCUUGUGCGUUUGGAAUCUGUAGCAAACAGGUCAAAUCUAUAUCUGGAUCGGGAGAAAAGGGUUUUUACUGAAGCCAACUUGGUUUCAGUUGGAGGCAAGAAAUCAAAGAAUAGUGCAUUAAGAAUGUCCUUAGAAUUCCAAAAAGAUCCAGAGAAUUAUCAGAGCUUGCCACAUGAAAUUGUGGUCCAUCUUGCUGCUUUCUUUGAAUUUUGUGAUUCAUUGAUAAUGUUCUCGGUACAGUCUUCCCAGGUGGAGUUGUCUGAUGCUAACCUGAUUAAAAUCUUGUAUUCUGUGCUGUGGCGUGAUCGGUUCUGGACAGUGUCUGAUAUGGUCAAAGUGGAUUCACAGGGCUUGGCCCUACUCUCCCUUCACUGGCAUUGGGUUUCAAAGCAUUUGGUUGGUGGGGUUCCCGAGCUACUGAUUGGUCACGAGGAGAAAUAUUCCAAAGAGGUGCUGUCUGUCUCAGAACACAUUCAGAACUGCCUUGGUAGCCCAAUGGGAGGCUUUGCCAGUAUGAAGAAGGUACAGAAGGCCCUGGGAAGACCUCUUCCCUUCAAGGAUAAGCUGAUGGUGGAGUGUUUUGAGCAAUUGAAUGUACUUAGCAAAUCACUUAGCAUCCUGGAAUUGAAACCUGCCUUAGGGGAAGGUGGUAGGAGAGAUGAGAUCAUUCGUUUGAGAGUAGCUGCUGAUGAGUAUACACUGAAGGAACAUUUACUGAAGGCUUGGGGAUUGAUCCUCAGAGCCAAUUGUUUGGAAGAUGUCAACCCAGUCACUUUAAAGAACCUUGUGAAUGCACAGCGUUUGCAGCUUAAAAGCAAAGGAGUUUCAAUUGGUUGCCCAGAAAAGAAGCGUAUGGAAAAUGCAGUUACAUGCCAGCCUAAGGCAGCUUCCUUGAUUACACUUACCAGGAAGGUUCAGUCAUGGCCAGGUAUGGAGUACUUGGCAGUGCUAUGGCAGUACAGGGUAACAACGGACUUUCUGUCUCAUGCUUUUCUGGGCAGGAAUUGCAAUAACCAACAAAGACGGGUAGACUAUGACUUAAAUGACCAUAUUGCAUUUUGUCUCAAGUACACACCAAGCGCAUCUCAGCAACUUAAAAUUCUUUGGUAUCUGGUGGACCAUAAGGGAUCGACUGAAGAAAUGACUUCUUUGUGGUCUGAACUCAUUAGUUCUGCCCUCAUCUCCUUCUGGAGCAGUACUGUCACUACAGAUCCAGAAUACUGGUUAACUUGGAAACCUCUCCUUCAUGUGGAAGGGAAGGAAAUUCCUCAACCUCUGGACCCAUCUUUGAAGGGACCAGGCAUUUUAAAUAGAGCGGUUUUUUCAAAGUGCUUCUUUGAAGUCCUCACACGCAGCUAUAGGUCAAGCCCCUGGGACAUCAGUGGCCUUUCUGUCCUUUCUUCUUCCCAUGUCACCCUUGGAGAAUGGGCAGAGAGAGCCCAGCAGCUUAAGGAUAUCAGCACCAUUCUUUGGACCAACAUGCCUGUUCUUACCAUGGCAGAAUUAAGAAGCACAGAUUCCCACCUCCAGUGGGUGAUGCUGUACAGGCCCCUUUUGGCCCUGGCAGAGCUGGUCCCAGAGCCCUGGAAGCAGGAGUAUAUACAGCAGUGCAACAGGCUGCCAUCCAGAGACAGAAUGGCUUUCCAGCAUGUGUGCAGGACACUGGGAGACAUGAUUGGGCAGGAGGUGCUGCCAGAAGAGCUUCUCGGUUUCAUGCUGACUUGUGUGAGGCACCUCUUUGGGGAAGGAGAGAGCAGGAAGGACAUACCUGAAGUGGCUGAGCGAGGGAGCUUGUGGGUGUACCUGGGCUUGUCACAGGUCCAAGCGUGGCUUCCUCAGACACAGUUUGAUCCUGCAGUAAAGAGGGAGUACAAGCUCAAGUAUGCCAAGGAAGAGUUACAUCAGCUUGAGUGUGAGUGGAAGACUCGCAACCUCUUGUCACAGCUACAUACAGGAAGAGACCUUGAAGAUGAAAUGGUUAUCAGUUAUUCUCAUCCCCACAUCAGAAUACUACGCCAAAGGAUACAACAGCUGAAGGAACAGAUAAGCAGUCUGUUGAAAAAGCAGGCCUUCAGGCCUCAAGUUCCUUCUUAUGAAUCGAUGCUCCAGGAAAUUCACCACUAUGUCACCAGCAUUGCUCGGAUCUCUUCAGUCCAGGAUCUACUUACCCGACUUCUGCAAAGCCUUCGAGCAGAUAUGUCUAAGUCAUCCCAGACAACACAGAACUUACUGAAGGAGGAGGCUGCUUGGCAGAAGUCACACCACCAGUUUAGGAAACGACUAAUGGAGGAAUAUGCUCUGUACCCGGAUGCCGUGGCUCCAUUACAGGCCGCCAUUUUGCAAAUGCAGCAUGGCAUGAGACUGGUAGCCUCAGAAGUUUAUGCCACACUCCACAGUGGUUUGGUCUGUCCACACAAGUUGAGUUGUUUGGUCACUUCGCUGCUGGCCUUCCCUUCUGUGGACUCCACUUUUCCCACCUAUUUUUCUCAUGCAGAUGCUCUUUGCUCUGUAAAGAUGAUUGAAGUGCUCCGGGGACUUAAGAAGGUAUCUGUGAAACAUUCUGUUGGGCAUGAAUUAGAAGGCAAGGAUCAGAAGCCCUGUCCAACCCAAGAGCAGCUACUGAUGAAUGCUUUGCUUUACCUUCGCUCCCAUGUACUUUGUAAAGGAGAAAUGGACCAGAAAACUUUGAUGCUUUUUAGGCAUAUAUGUCAGGAAAUCAUAAAUGAGUGGGAUGAACAGGAACGCUGUGCCCAGGUAAAGGCUGAGCAGGAAAACAGUCUGUAUAGAUACAAGAACAAGAAUCAUGGAACAGGACUGAGUGAGGAGGAAGAGGAGGAAAGAGAAUUCAGGAAACGAUUUCCUCUCCAUGAAGAGGACUUUGCAGACAUUGUAGCCCAGCCAACUCUAGAGGAGAAAAUGGAAACUGAAGUGGAGCCAGUGGAGAGAGCAGACAAAGAUGUGGUUUUCUUCUCCCAGAGUUCAAUGCAGGCCGUGGUGCUGGUCCAUCAACAGCUGUGCUUAAACUUUGCACGAUCCCUCUGGUACCAACAGGAGCUACCAUCACACCAGCCUAAACAUUACUUCAGCUUAUUUAUGGCCUGCUAUCAGACUGGCGCAUCUCUUGUGACACACUUUUACCCUUGGAUGGGCACAGAGGUGAAUGACAGGCUUCUGGGCAGCCAGCUCUUGGGCAGUACCCUCUUCUACAACACUCUUUUUGAAGAGGCAGCCUCAGACCUGACUUUGAAACCUGAUGGCCCAUAUGACUUUUAUCAACAUCCCAACAUAAAGGAAGUCAGACAGUGCCAACCUGUGCUGCGUGACUUCACUGAAGAAGUAAAUAGACUUCUAGAGGACUGGCCAGAGCACCCAGCCCUCAUGCAGCUUAUGGUUGUGAUGGACAGAAUCCGAAGCUUCCCACUCUCUAGUCCCCUGUCAAAGUUUCUGAAUGGCUUAGAGAUUCUUUUGGCAAAGUCACAGGAUUGGGAAGAGAAUGCUAGCCGAUCUCUGUCCUUACGUAAACACCUCGAUUUGGUCAGUCAUCUAAUCAUCCAGUGGCGUAAAUUGGAGCUUAACUGCUGGUCCAUGAGUCUAGAUAACACCAUGAAACGACACACAGAAAAAUCCACCAAACACUGGUUUUCUAUCUAUCAGAUGCUUGAGAAACAUAUGCAAGAGCAAACAGAGGGGAAGGAAGAAUGUGAUAGGCAUAUGGCAUUGACGAUGUUGGUCAGCACUUUACAAGCUUUCAUUGAAGGAGCCUCUCUGGGAGAAUUCCAAGUACGACUUCAGAUGCUGCUAGUUUUCCAUUGUCAUGUCUUGUUGAUGCCACAGGUAGAAGGAAAAGAUUCACUUUGCAGUGUUCUUUGGAAUCUGUACCAUUAUUAUAAACAAUUCUCAGACAGAGUCCAGGCCCGAAUUGAGGAACUUCGAUCCCCACUAGAAAAAGAGCUAAAGGAAUUUGUUAAGAUCUCCAAGUGGAAUGAUGUUAGCUUCUGGGCUGUAAAACAGUCUGUGGAAAAGACACACAGGACCCUCUUUAAGUUCAUGAAGAAAUUUGAAGCUGUCUUGAGCGAACCCUGCCGGCCUUCCUUAAUGGAAAGUACCCAGGAAGAGCAAUUAGACUGUCUACAGAAGCAGCCAGCAGCAGAUGAGGAGAAAACUCCAAUUCAGAGUCUGAACAGCAUGCUGAUGGAAACUCUCUUAGCCAGACCAGGCAGCACCCAGACUGUGCUUCUGGACACCUGCCAAGACAUCAUUCCAUUCCUGUCGGAGGGGUUGCUGCAGAGCCGUUUGCCAAAGCUCACCAAACGAAUGAAGAAGAUAUGUAUUACAAUCAUAAAGCAGAGCCCAUUGCCUGGCCUUGUGGAGAACCUUGAUCAGUUCACAGGUGAUGUCAUUUCCUCUGUAUGUGAACUACAGAGCUUAACUGUGGAACCAAACACAGAUAAGGAAAAACAGAAAUCAGAAGUAAAACAUAUUCUUUUGCAGAAGCAGCGGGCUUUAUCAGAGCUCUUCAAAUAUCUCAUGAAAGUUGGCUUGUCCUAUCGCAAAGGCCUUACUUGGGCUUGUUCCAAAGACCUUCAAAAUAUCCUUCAUCUGCACCCAUUAGAUCUUCAUAGUGUGCUGUCUAUCGUUGGCAAUACACAGGAAUCAGAUGCAAGGCUGCUCACAGAAAUCUCUUCCUCCUGGGAUGGGUGUCAGAAAUACUUUUAUCGAUCACUUGCUCGCCACUUAAGACUUCAAGCAGCUUUUUUGUCACCAUCAAAGGAGAUUGGAGUGAGUAUCAUUGACCGAUGCAAAGGAUUCUCAGCACACCUCAUGAAGACACUUAUCCACCAGAGGAGCUCACUGACUGCCCUGACAGAACAGUGGAUUAUUCUCAGGAACCUUCUCAGUUGUGUGCAGGAGAUUCAUUCCAGACUGCCUGGGUCCCAUGGCUAUCUUGUGGCUUUCCCACCUCAAGAUGGCGUUCAGCAAUGGACUGAAAAACUACAGCACCUGUCCAUGCAAAGCAUGAUAGUGCUGGAGCAGCUUUCCUGGUUUCUUCAGUGCUGUCCAAAGGAUCAGUCUCUAAGCAGUGUGAAUGAUAAGAGCAUAGGAGAUGGGCUGUCUACUACCCACUGUGGGAAAACCUUCACUUCAGAAGUAAUUGAACCCACUCUGGGAGAGGCUUCUGGGGCAGUGCCUGACAUGAUCCCAGUAAAACUGAGUUACCCAUCUCCUGUGUCUGGAGAUUACCUGCCUCCUGGUUGUCGAAUGCGGAAAUCAGAACAGUUAUGGCAGCAGUCUAUGGCAAGAGUGACUGAGAUGCUAACAGCCAUUAAAACAGUGAAAGCUGAAGUGGACAAAAUCAGGCAGCAGGCUUGUGAGACUCUAUUUCAUUCUUGGAAACAUUUUGAAGUGUGCUCUGCUGGAUUGAGUUGCAUGUCCAAAGUCUCAGCUCAGUUGCAGGGCCUAGAGUCCUUGUUCGUUCUUCCAGGGACAGAGGCUGAGCAAACUGCACAACAAAUUGCAUUAGUCAAGAGUUUGGAAUAUAUUAGAGGAGAAAUCGAUAAAGCCAUGGCUGACUUCACUGCCUGGAAGACACAUCUCCUUACUUCAUCCAGACAAGGCAACCAUAUAUCGGAUGAAGGAUUUGUGGAGGAUUUCUCAGCACAAAUGGAGGUUGCCAUCCAGGCAAUCCUCUUUGCCACCCAGAGUUUAGCAGAGAGAAAUGAUCAAAGGUUACAAAGUGGCAAAGAAGAAGAACCCCUCCAAGAGGAGAGUGACUCAAUGGAGAGAGUACAGUCUGGACAUCUAACAAAACUCCUAGAAGAUGAUUUCUGGGCUGAUGUGAACUCUCUACAUGUGCAAAAAAUAAUCUCAGCUAUUUCUGAGCUCUUAGAGAGGCUGAAAUCUUACGGUGAGGACUGUACAGCAGAGAAGCACAAGUUCUUCAAUCAAGCCUGUUCCUUGUUGGUGCGCCUCAUGCCCAUGCUUUCCAGGUAUUCAGAUCUUGUCCUGUUUCACCUAACAGUGUCCUUGGCAACUCACCGAAGCACUGGGAAAUUGCUCUCUGUGCUCACUCAUGUCUUUUCUGAACUUGGUCAGAAGGGAUUUUGCCUCCCCAAAGAAUUGAUGGAAGAGUCUGCAGGAGAAGGAGCAUCAGAAUUCCAUGACUAUGAAGGAGGUGGAAUUGGAGAAGGUGAAGGCUUGAAGGAUGUGAGUGACCAAAUAGAAAAUGAAGAACAGGUAGAGGACAGUCAUCAAAAGGGUCAAGAAAAAGAGAAAGAGGACCCAGACUCAAAACCUGAUAUUAAAGGAGAAGAUAAUGCCAUUGAAAUGUCAGAGGACUUUGAUGGGAAAAUGCAUGAUGGGGAACUGGAAAAACAAGAAGAGGAUGAUGAGAAAUCUGAUAAUGAAAAUGAAGAACUGGAUAAACAGAUGGGAGAUCUCAGUGGAGAGGAAGCUGAAAAACUAGAUGAAAGGCUCUGGGGUGAUGAUGAGGAGGAGGAGGAAGAUGAAGAUGACAGUAAGGCAGAAGAAACUGGACCAGGAAUGGAUGAGGAGGACUCUGAACUUGUUGCAAAGGAUGACAGCUUGGAUGCAGGCAAUCAGAACAAAGAUCAAAAGCAGCCAAGCAAACAGGAAGAAGAGGGAGCGGGAGAGGCAGAUGAUGACGGACAAGGCAAAGAGAAAAUUCACGAACAAGUAGAUGAGAGGGAAUAUGAUGAAAAUGAAGUAGAUCCUUAUCAUGGCAACCAAGAAAAGCACCCUGAACCAGAGCCUCUGGACCUUCCUGAUGACCUGAACCUUGAUGGUGAAGAAAAGAGUGAUGAGGAGGAUAAAGCUGAAGAAGGAGAAGCAAAUCCUCUUGAAAUUGAUGAGAAGCCAAUGGACCCAGAAGAAGCUGGUUGUGGAGCUGAGGAAAAAGAGCAAGAUGCUAUUCCUGACCAAAGCGAGGAAGUUCAAGAUCUAGGUAUGCCUGAAGAAGGAACAUCUGAAGAUAACAAGAUGGAGGAGGAAAAAGAAGCAGAGGCAGAAACUGAUGACCAAGAGAAAGAUAGUGUGGAAAACUCAGAUGAGAACGCAGCUGAGGAAGAGCAGCAGCACCAGGAGGCCAGCGAGGAGAAUGGAGUCCCCACUCACAAAGGCCUCCAGCCUCAGAAAGAGGAGGAAAAGGAAAUUCCGGAAGUGGAUGAGGAGGUGCCUGAAGCCAUGGAGAGGAAGGAACAUGAAUCCUGUGGGCAGACAGGAGAGGAGAACCUGCAGAGUGAGAUUGCUGUUGAGCUAGCUGGAGCUGCAUCUGAGAAGGACCAAGCUAAAGAGGAACAUGGAAGUGGUACUGCAGACGCAAGGCAAGCAGAAGGCCAUGAGUCCAAGCUGAUGUCCCGGUUGGCAUCUCAGAAGCGGAGCAAGAAAAACACACAGAGUUUUAAGAGAAAGCCUGGCCAGGCUAACAAUGAGCGCUCCAUGGGAGACCACAGUGAGCAUGUGCAUAAGCGGCUAAGAACAGUGGAAUUCACCAGCUCAGCAGAGCAAGAAACAGCCCAGCCCCAAGCAAAAGUUGAAGAAGCUGAUGCAUUUGAACAUAUUAAGCAGGGCAGCGAAUCCUAUGAUGCACAGACCUAUGAUGUGGCCAGCCAGGAGCAGCAACAGUCUGCUCAUCCCCCCAGCAGUGAGCAGGAAGAGAACUCAGAAGAUGCUUCUAUGGAAAUAGAUGAACAACAAGAGGAUCUCAAAACAGUAGAUACAAAGGCGUUGAAGCCAGAUGAAGUCAAGUCUGGUGCCUUAGCAACCCAAGGUGAUGAUGAGACUGAUAUGGAGACCCAGCCAAUCAAGUCAGAAGAAGACCAAGAUCUGAGACCAGACAAAUCACCUACCAAAAUGGAAAAUGAAAAGCAAGAGAGAAGCAGAGAGUCAACCAUUCAUACUGCACCUCAGUAUCUCACAGACUUGACUUUCCAGCACAUUGUCAAAGAUGUUGGGAAACUAAGGCAAGAGCUGGAAAGACAGCUGGAAGCGUGGCAGAAGCAAGAGCCUGGACACCCAGAUGAAGAGAAGGCAGCUUCUGAGAUGUGGCAGCAGUACCUUGUCCUGACUGCCCCUCUCUCACAGCAGCUCUGUGAGCAACUUCGACUUAUCCUGGAACCCACCCAGGCAGCCAAGCUAAAAGGAGACUAUCGAACAGGGAAACGAUUGAACAUGAGGAAGGUCAUUCCGUAUAUUGCUAGUCAGUUUCGGAAGGACAAAAUUUGGCUUCGAAGGACCAAGCCCAGCAAACGCCAAUAUCAGAUUUGCCUGGCCAUUGAUGAUUCCUCUAGCAUGGUAGACAACCACACCAAACAGCUUGCAUAUGAGUCAUUGGCAGUGAUUGGAAAUGCUCUGGCCCUUUUGGAAGUGGGUCAGAUUGCUGUAUACAGCUUUGGGGAAACUGUUCAGCUGCUGCAUCCAUUCCAUGAACAGUUUAAUGAUCAGUCAGGAACCCGGAUACUGCAGCUCUGUAAAUUCCAGCAAAAGAAAACUAAGAUUGCUCAGUUUUUAGAAUCAUCAGCAAGCAUGUUCACUGCUGCACAGCAGCUCUCUCAAAAUAUCAGUCCAGAAACAGCCCAGCUGCUUCUCAUAGUCUCUGAUGGCCGAGGCCUUUUCUUGGAGGGUAAAGAUCGAGUCAGAGCAGCAGUUCAGACUGCCCGCAGUGCAAACAUUUUUGUCAUCUUUGUCAUACUGGAUAAUCCCACUUCUCGGGAUUCCAUCUUGGACAUUAAAGUUCCAAUAUUCAAAGGACCAGGAGAACUGCCGGAAAUUCAUUCCUACAUGGAGGAGUUCCCUUUCCCCUUCUAUCUAAUCCUUCGAGAUGUGAAUGCACUUCCUGAGACACUUGGCGAUGCCCUCAGGCAGUGGUUUGAGCUGGUGACAGCUUCUGAUGGGCCCUAAAACCUGACAGCAGAGCCUGAAGCCAGCUCUUCAUUUGUAGCAUAGUUAGAACAACAUUCCUUGUUACCAGAUGCUCCCAGUUGGAUAGCUCUUUCUCAAGUUGAAGAAGUUUCAGAUGUGUGACAUUCUUGGAUCCUUGUUCUUCAGUGAACCCAGAGCUUAUUUACAAGAUCUCACAGUUUUGGCUACAGUGCUUAAAAUAGUCAGUAUUUACCUUUUAAUUUAAUAACACUACAUCAGAAUCUAAGGAUUUCUCUCUGGGAAUGGUACACGUGAGCCUAGGGGGAAAUGUAGUUAGGGCAUUGGUAGAAACAUUGUUUUCAGUAUAGCCUCACCUGUGAAUUCUUAGAGGUGUUCUGCCAUGUUCACAUACCUGCCCUGGAAUCAUUAUUGCUCAUGAGGACAUCAUAUCAUUGUCCCAAAGCUCUUGCACCAUCCAUUUUCUCAAGCAUCCCUACUCUUCUCUGCUGAAAACAAGCUUGGAGGAUUUUCUAGGGAAGGAGUACUGGCAGCAGCCUUGGAGAGCAGCUGUCAGUAAUGUACAGGAGGGGUUGAGUGUAGACAGGAGAGCUAAUCAGCUUCUCCCCAAUAGCAGGAAGAAGAGUAGCUGUGUUUUCCACCUUUUCUUUGUUGCAGCUUUGCCUUAAUAAGCCUGCGUCAUGCAUUCACCAAUCCUAAGUGACUGAGACAACUGAUUUAGGCUGGUGGGUUUUGAGGAUAAGAGACCAUUUCUUAUCAGAAUUAGUGUGAAGGGAAUGAACUGUCCUAGAAGGGAGAUGCCAUGUGCUUUCUGUGUUUUUGUAUCCUAUCUAAGCACUGUGGAUUCUAGUUAACUUUCACAGCAGUUUUUAGGCCUUGUGGAAAUGGGUUUUUGUGUCCCGUCUUUGCUGCUCCCUCCCAUUUGCUACUGUAAGCUACUAUGCAAUGAUGAAAAGGUUAUUUUUGCCUGUUGCUUUAUUUUUUUCCAAUAUCUCAGUGCCAUUGUUUACCACCAUUGUUGUAGUAAUUUAUUUCUUUAGCUGAUAUUUUUCUUAACUGUUGGGGAGGAGGAUGUGAUAGGAGAAGCAGGUUCCUCAUGCUACUUUUGAGCAGUGAGGAACCAGGCUUAUUUCUAAGGAAGUGCUGUGUUUGGGAAAUACUGAGCAGCUGAAUUUAUUUUUGCAGUCAAAACAUGUUCAUGGUUCUUGGGAGGGUUUCUAUUCAGCCAAAAAAACAGUACUUGAAUACUUGAAAUUGUGUUCUUUGUUCUAUUUAAUAACAAUUUUUAAAUGUUGCUGGUGUCUGAUGUCAAAAAGAUAUUUUGUAGUAAACAUGCCAUGAUAUGAAUACCUUUAUGUAUGUAUUUGACACUGUGAAGUUUGCCACUUGUCUGAGGUGGUCAUUAAAGGCAGAUUAUUUGUUGGUUAACCAAGUGUCCUAAAGCAUGUACAUGAUUUUUUGUUUUUCAUUGCAAAAGCUAUGCAGCUUCUAUUCUUGGAAAAUAAAAAGAUGUAUUACUGUUG